AAAACCCGGAAGUAAUCGCACACCGGUCUGGGGGAUCUGGCGUGACAUUCACCCAACCCGUGGGUCGACAUCUAGACGGGGUGUUGUGUAAAUAUUAAAAACGCAAGGACACGGUGUGGAAAGGUAACUGGAAGAUGAGAGUCCUCAAAGCUAGCCUUGCACUGGCGAGUCGUCAUCUUUCACCAAAAAGGAGUACCUCUCUGAAAAAGGUUCUCAUAAUCAACUGUCGGUCAUCCUCAUCUGGUGUGUUUUGCAAUGAGAAAAUAAGAAAUAUUGGGAUAUCCGCGCACAUUGAUUCUGGAAAGACCACGCUUACAGAACGCGUCCUCUAUUACACUGGCAGAAUAGCAGAGAUUCACGAGGUCAAAGGAAAAGAUGGUGUUGGUGCCACCAUGGAUUCAAUGGAACUGGAGAGACAGAGAGGCAUCACAAUUCAGUCAGCUGCUACAUACACCGUGUGGAAAGGUCACAACAUCAACAUAAUUGACACGCCAGGUCAUGUUGACUUCACCAUUGAGGUGGAGCGAGCUCUGCGAGUGCUGGAUGGAGCUGUGUUGGUUCUGUGUGCUGUUGGAGGAGUGCAGUGUCAGACCAUGACAGUCAACAGACAGAUGAAACGCUACAAUGUCCCAUUCCUCACAUUUAUUAACAAACUUGACCGAAUGGGUGCCAAUCCAUAUCGGGCCCUACAACAGAUGAGGACUAAGCUUAAUCACAAUGCUGCUUUUAUAAAUAUCCCCAUUGGUCUCGAGGGAAACAUGAAAGGUAUCAUAGACCUUAUUGAGGAGCGAAGCAUAUAUUUUGACGGACCAUUUGGUCAGGUUAUUCGUUAUGAUGAAAUUCCUGCUGAUUUUCGUGUUGAGGCUGAGGAGCGCAGACAGGAACUUGUGGAGUGUGUGGCCAACGCUGAUGAAAUCUUGGGAGAAAUGUUUCUUGAAGAACAGACGCCAACCAACAAUGACUUAAAGGCAGCUAUACGCAGGGCCACAGUACAACGCCUUUUCUCCCCAGUGCUGGUGGGAACAGCACUAAAGAACAAAGGCGUACAACCUCUGUUAGAUGCCGUGUUAGCUUAUCUGCCCAAUCCAACUGAAGUCGAAAACUAUGCAAUACUCAAUCAUGAAGAUUCAAGUGAAAAAUCUAAAGUUAAAAUGGACCCUGCAAGAGAUUCUGCUAAUGCCUUUGUGGGUCUGGCUUUUAAACUUGAGGCUGGACGAUUUGGCCAGCUAACUUAUGUACGUGUGUACCAAGGCUGUCUGAAGAAGGCAGAAUACAUCUACAACACACGCACCAGCAAAAGAGUCAGAGUGCAGCGGUUAGUGCGACUACAUGCUGACCAGAUGGAGGAUGUUGAUGAGGUCUACGCUGGUGAUAUUUGUGCUCUUUUUGGGAUUGACUGUGCAAGUGGAGACACUUUCACAUCAAAGACCAGUGCCAAUCUUUCAAUGGAAUCAAUUCAUAUCCCAGAGCCUGUUAUCUCUAUGUCAAUGAAACCAGUCAACAAGAAUGACCUGGAUAAAUUUUCCAAAGGCAUCAACCGUUUCACCAGAGAAGAUCCUACAUUUCGAGUGCAUUUCGAUACAGAGAGUAAAGAGACUAUUAUUUCAGGCAUGGGGGAGCUGCAUUUAGAAAUCUACUCACAGAGAAUGGAACGGGAAUACAAUUGUCCGUGUGUGAUGGGAAAACCUAAAGUUGCAUUCCGAGAGACAAUCACCGGCCCUGUGACAUUUGACUUCACCCAUAAAAAGCAGAGUGGCGGCUCAGGCCAGUAUGGUAAAGUUAUUGGGGUCCUUGAACCUUUGGAGUCUGAGCAUUUCACCAAGUUGGAGUUUGAGGAUGAGACAGUUGGAACAAAUGUGCCAAAGCAGUUUGUUCCUGCUGUGGAGAAGGGUUUCAGAGACUCGUGUGAAAAAGGACCUCUGAGUGGACAUAAAAUCUCUGGAGUACGGUUCAUUUUGGAAGAUGGAGCCAACCACAUGGUUGAUUCCAAUGAGAUCUCCUUUAUCCGUGCUGGAGAAGGGGCUUUAAAACAAGCAAUGGAGAAGGCCAAUACGAUCAUCCUGGAGCCCAUCAUGGCAGUAGAAAUAGUUGCUCCACAAGAGUUUCAGGGCGCGGUCAUCUCUGGAAUUAACCGGCGCCAUGGGGUUAUCACAGGACAGGAUGGGACCGAAGGAUACUUCACAUUGUAUGCUGAUGUUCCUUUAAAUGAUAUGUUUGGUUAUGCCACUGAGCUUCGCUCUUGCACUGAGGGUAAAGGAGAAUACACCAUGGAAUACAGUCGAUACCAGCCCUGUUUGCCAGCAACACAAGAAGAACUUAUCCAUAAAUACUUAGAGGCUACAGGUCAGCUCCCUGUGAAAAAGAACAAAUGGAAGAACUGAAAAAGAAAUCAUGGUCAAAUGGACUAUAAAUUCUAAUUUAUUGUGUUCUCAUAAUCCUGUAAGUUGUUUUUAGUUGUAGAUAAAAGAACCCUCACUGCCCCCAUAAAAAAAAGCAUAAACUACAGAAUAUUAGGCAUAUGACAGCUCCAUUCCUCACAUCCGAAUGACAGUAUACACCUUUAUAUAUAUAUAAUGGAAAACCUGAUCGUCAUAAUGGCUUUUGUACUAUGUACAACAUAUUUUUAUGACUUUAACAAAUACAUGUAAUUUUACCUCAA